AUGGUCAUUAUGGACGGCAAGGGCAUUGCGGCCAAGGACAACCUCAACAUCGAUGCGCACUCCUUCUGGUCGCAGAUAUCGCUGCUCGACGUCACUAGCGACGGAGAGCAGUAUAACGACAUCCUCUGGCUUGACCCGUCUAUUUGGGAUAUGGAACAACCUGAAUUCUCUUGCGAGCCACCCUGUCGUGUCAAGAUUCCGCCAUAUACAGGGGCGACUACUACCGUCAAUUACCCACUCAUGACCGUCAGCCAGGACGCGUGGACGAGUACAAUUACGGUGCGGCCCAUGACGCUAUCCAAGUUGGGCUUCGAGGUAAUGACCAUCGGGGGUUCCAACGUGAAGAGGGACAGUGGCAGCCUGAACCGCCGAGCCUUUGAGGACUUCUGGCCCGUUCCCGCUACGACUGCCGCUUGGCCCGUCGUUAUUUACAACGGCCCGAAUGGUAAAGAGUCAACGGCGAGCCCUAAAGCGCCUUAUCCGACGCAGCCUCCGUCCAUCGAGCCUGGCUCGCCACCGCCGCAAAACGGCGCCUGGCCAGCAAAAGCCCUCCGGCCGCGCAUGGCCGCCGCUGUAGACCCCAACAAAGAGCUGGACGAUCGCCUCAAGGACUGGAUGUGCCGGCAGGCUGCCGAGUCGCCCAGUUACUACGACAUGGACAUGUUGGACUGCCCGGGAAGGGGUGGAAACAACAACGACUCGGGACAGAUGCCGAUGGGUGACGGCACUGGAUGGGACGUCCCCAAGAUUUCAAACAACGGCACCAUGAGCCUGCCUGGGUUUUUCCCCUGGGGCUCAAUGUUGAGUGAGCUUGGGCGCAUGUGCGAACAGCCGCUUGAAUCGAAGACCACCACCACCAGGGCGCAGACGACUCAGCCUUCCCAGCCCACAGCAAAGCCGCUCAAGCAGGCCGACGCCAAGCACAACAAUGUGAAAUGCUACGGCGAGGGGCGCAAGAUGAGCAACAUCCGGCUGCAGAACGGCAUCAACUCCUUCUGCAAGAACAUUGGCUCCGACGUUGGCGUCCAGGCCCGCGACCUAGAUGGCAGGGCCGCCGCCGGGCAGCAGCAGCUCAUGGGCGGAUACAAGAAGGAGUCCAUCAAGCCCUUUUCGGGACAGGAGGAGAUUAGCUUCAGCUUCGAGGUGCUCGACGGCUGCUCGUGGACGUUCAGCAUGGACGAGUGUACGCGCUACUUCAAGACGCCCGUCGAUAGCUGUAAUUGCGGCGGGGAGAAUGGUAAGCAGGGCGGUUAUGGGAGUAACAACUGCCUUAGGUGGAAGACUGAUCCGAAUCGCUCGGCGUACUAG